AUGUCGCAAGUGCUCCCGGCGGCCGGCAGCGUCCUGCAGAGGAGCGUCGCGGCGCCAGGGAACCAGCCGCAGCCGCAGCAACCUCCACAGAGCCCAGAGGAUGAUGACCGGAAGGUCCGAAGGAGAGAAAAAAACCGAGUUGCUGCUCAGAGAAGUCGGAAGAAGCAGACCCAGAAGGCUGACAAACUCCACGAGGAGUACGAGUGCCUGGAGCAAGAGAACACUGUGCUGCGGAGAGAGAUCGGGAAGCUGACGGAGGAGCUCAAGCACCUGAGCGAGGCACUGAAGGAGCACGAGAAGAUGUGCCCGCUGCUGUGCCCCAUGAACUUUGUGCCGGUGCCACGGCCGGACCCUGUGGCUGGCUGCCUGCCCCGAUGA